UUUGAAUGGCCACUGAGUUAAAAGAAUUGUAAUUUUAUAGACGCUAUGUAUAUCUCAUUGAUACUUUUAUGGUUAUGUUUCAAAAUAAUUGAUGGAGAAAUAAUUCAUUGUCCAAUUGGUGGAUUAACAAAUAAAGGCCUCUGCGAAAAUCUUAAUAAAGAUAGUGUCAUGAAUAAAUUCUAUAUACCUAGUUUUAAAAGACAUAUAUCUGUAAACAAAAAAAAUAAGUGUGACACAUUAGAUAAUCCAUAUAAUGGGUUUGUUUGUAAUUACGAGAAUAAAUAUAAAGAAAUAACUGAAAGUCAUCACUUCCAGUUAACGAUAUUUAGUGAGUACGGACUUGAAAAAUUAUAA